AGCGCAGCGCAGCGACGUGUUCAAGUCAGCACAGUCAGAGAAAAAACCUGACAUCCUACCUCCAUUCAAGAAGAUCACUACUUAAACCCCCGUUUGCUUGGCAUUUAGUGUUUUUUGUGGCGUAGGACCAGCGGGAACAUUUCCAUUCAUUUUCAGGGCACGAUGUUGCUUCUGAUGCUGAUGUUGUCCGUGGUGUCAUUGGCACACAGUGAUGAUGACUUCUGUUAUAAUGAGGAGCACUGUGAUCCAUAUGCAUGGGGAGAAAACUACCCCUCUUGCCAUCCUCUUCUGGAGAGCCAUCACUCUCCCAUCAACCUGGACCAUCAGCUGAUGAAGAACCAAUCUUUAGACUCUCUGCACCUGGAGGGUUUUAAUUUGACUCAUAAAGGGCAAUGGUGGCUGACAAACCAGGGUCACUCUGUUGUGCUGGAGUUGGGUGACGGUAUGCAGGUGAGUGGCGGAGGGCUUCCUGGAAUCUACCGCACCAUCCAGCUGCAUUUCCAUUGGGGAAGUGUGUCUUCAAAUGGUUCUGAACACACCUUGGGCCACCUGAGAUUCCCUAUGGAGAUGCAUAUAGUCAACAUCAAAUCCACACAUCCAAAUUUGACGUCCGCGCUUGAUGACCCAACUGGCCUUGCUGUGCUUGGAGUCUUCAUCGAUGUGACAUAUUUGCACAAUGAAAACUUCCAGUCCAUCUCAAAUGCACUUCCUUCUGUCGCCUACAAAGGACAAACAAAAUCGAUCAGACCAUUUCCUUUGAUGAAUCUGUUACCUCAGAACAACCUAACGCAGUAUUACCGUUAUCACGGCAGCCUCACAACGCCGCCCUGUUCACAGGUGGUUUUGUGGACCGUGUACGAAGUACCCACCUAUAUCUCAUGGGCUCAGUUUGAGCUGUUUGUAAAAGGGAUAUAUUCCACGGAGGAAUUAGCCGAUAAACAGGUUCAACUGCAGAACAACUACAGACACAUCCAUCCAACCUACGGUCGGCCUGUGUACGCAUCCAAAGAUGCUAAGAUGCUCACCAAUGGAGUUCCCCCCCUUGCCAUUUUUAAUAUUUUUUAUGUUCUUUUAUUUACUGGAUUUUUAAACAUUUAGUGUUAAACGUAUUGCAGAAUGGCAGUAUUAAACGUCCACUUAAAAUACUGUAUAAGAAACUUCCCAGAAAGCAUCACUGGUAGCCAGUCUAAAGACCCGUUCACAACAAAAAUUAUAACGUUCUCUUUAUUACAAGCAGCCUACAGUAAUGUGUCUGCCACUUUAAAUGCAGUGGCUGUUUAAAGACGAUGGAUUCUGAUUGGCUGCCAAUAAUUUAAUGCAAAAAAACCCCCAGAAAGUGUAACAACCAUAUCCUUGCUGUGUCAUUAUCCUUAUAGCUAGUGUGUGGACAAUUCUCAUCGAAUUUGAACGACUAUUAUAACCGUAUAAUUAUUAGUUAUAUAUAAGGCCCGUUCACACCAAUGCACGUUAAAGUUCUGUUAUAUCACCUGUCGCUUUAAAUGCACAAGGUGGAUUCUAAUUGGAUAUCAGUCUAUCUAUCGUUCAUCGGCCGAUUAAUCAAUCGUUUCGGGGUUAUUCCAACGAUAACGUACCUCUGUGACUAUCGUUCUUGUUUUGGUAGACUUCGCUAUUCUCCUAACAUUAAAAACUAACUUUUUCUAGUCAUCAUCUUUUCUCUAGUUAAAUGGAAUUAUAAUCCAUUUUAAUUCACCAAGGACGACUGUGUUAAUUAUAUGUAUAUAGAAACAAAUUAUGUGUGCGAGUUUGAUCACACAUCUACAACAACCCCCAUAUUGAGUUUUUCAACCAGACUGCUAUCUGAUGAGUGAUUUUCCUUAGUGGGUAUCCCCAUUUACGUAUUUCACACUGAACUUGAUCACUCAAAGCCUUUUCCCCAGUCAUACACAAAGGCCACUUUGUGGGAAUGACACCUUACAGCAGAAAGAUAAAUUUAAGGGGAGUUUAUGACCUUACAAAUGUGCACCUAGACGGACCAAUAAAGUUAUUCUGUGAAAAACACAAACUUACCUCAGGAGACAAACUAUUUGAUGUAGGCUAUAUACAAUAGCUCAGCUAACAAUAGUUUGACUCAAAUGCAAAGUGUUCUUUUACAAAUGACAAAGUGUUGAAAUAAAAUGAUAUUGUUA